GGGGAGCGCAGCGCAAUUGCCUCUAGCACAGCCUUCGCCCCCAUCUCUUAUCCGCAGCGUUGGAAUGGCGGGAGAGAUGGAGGAGAGAAUCCGUGUUAAUGGAUUCCUGUCAGAGGCUAGCCUUAGCACUGGAGGUGAACUUCGUUGGCGACAAAACGACGACAGCGGCGGCGGAGAGCGAAGCUUGAUUGUCGAGUCGGAAGUUCUUGGAUUCUCGGUAGAGGGGAGGGAGAUCAGUGUAAGGGCAUUCGUUAACGAGAUGAAGGGUUUUUCCUGCGGUGGCAGUGGUGGAUUUGGGAAGAGGUUGAGGAAAGAUUUCGUUCUGGAGAUGCCAACGGAGGUUGCUGCGGAGAGGUGGACAAAUCGGCUAACGGAUUGCAUAAAUUCGCUCGGCCGACCGAAGAGAUUGUUCAUUAUUGUAAACCCGUAUGGGGGAAAGAAAUGCGCCCGAAAGAUUUUUCAUACCGAGAUCAAGCCCUUACUGGUUGCAGCUAAUAUCAUUUACACGGUGCAAGAAACAAAAUAUCAGCUUCAUGCACAAGAAAUAGCCUAUAAACUGGAUCUCCUAAAAUAUGAUGGAAUUGUGUGUGUAAGCGGAGAUGGAGUUCUUGUUGAGGUGUUCAACGGAUUACUUAAAAGAGAAGACUGGGAUACUGCAAUCAAAGUACCUAUUGGUAUCCUUCCUGCAGGAACAGGAAACGGAUUGGCAAAAUCACUCUCAGAUGUAGUCGGUGAAAUGUACUCAAUACAACAUGCUACAUUUGCAAUUGUAAGAGGCCAUAAAAGACCACUUGAUGUUACGACCAUAAUGCAAGGAGAAACAAAGUUUUUUAGCAUCUUAAUGCUUACAUGGGGUUUGAUAGCUGAUGUUGACAUUGAGUCGGAGAAGUACAGAUGGAUGGGACGCACUCGCAUAGACUUUCAUUGUUUUCUAAGAAUGAUGAACUUGCGCAAGUAUCAUGGGCGAGUUGAAUUUGUACCUGCUCCAGGACAUGAAUUCUAUGGGGAAAAAAUAAAUGAUGGAGGAAGCUAUGCUGCUAGCAUGAAUUCCUCUAAUUCACGACAUAACAGUUCUGAAGUCCUGCAAGGUGGUUACCAGGGCCCCACUGCUUGUUUUGAUCAUUCAGAAUGGAGAUUUCUUGAAGGCCCCUUUAUAUCGGUUUCACUAUUUAAUGUUCCCUGGGUUGGAGAGGAUGCUAAGCCAGCACCUGAAGCCAAGUUUUCGGAUGGCUUUCUUGACCUGGCUAUUCUCAAGGACUGUUCAAAAGCUGCCCUUAUAUCUUUAUUGCUGAAGAUGAGUGAUGGAAGCCAUGUUAAGUCCCCAUAUGUGGUGUAUCUCAAAGUGAAAGCAUUUCGUUUGGUUCCUGGCAACCGUGUGGAGAACCCCAAAAAAGGAGGCAUCAUUGACGUCGACGGUGAAGUCAUUGCUAGGGGAGAAGGGACUUACAUGCAUGGGAAAGAAAGGGAUCUAAUGGUGUAUGGCUCUCCGAUCCAAUUGAUUGUCGACCAGGGAUUGGCCACAAUCUUCACCCCCAUAUGACAUUUACACGUGGCACUUCUCUUAUCCAACUCCUGGUUGUUGGCACUGUGCUGCUAGUGUGCACAUCCAAUAGUUAAUUUAGAGCAAGUGGAUGAAAUUGUGUAAAUAGCUCCUUCCACUUUUCACUCUCUCAAAUAAUAGUGGCCCAUAUUUGGCUUGUUUUACUGCCAUCUCUUUUGCAGAGUGCUGUCUUUGAGCCAAAAAAUCUUUUGGCUUUUAAAUCAACAUAACCCGUUUCACAAGCUAUACUAAGUUAAUUAUAAGAAAA